AUGGCGGGACCAGUCCGGCUGCCCAUCAACCUCGAUGCACUGCAAAACUAUCUGGAGACAUGCGUGCCAGAUAUCAAGACUCCCUUGAGUAUCAAACAAUUUGGGGACGGACAAUCGAAUCCAACAUACCAACUAACCGGCGCCGAUGGAAAUCGAUACGUUCUGAGAAAAAAGCCUCCGGGAGCACUAUUAUCGCAAACAGCACACAAUAUCGAGCGUGAAUACCGAGUCCUUCGAGCUCUAGAGAAAACCGACGUUCCCGUCCCCAAGGUGUAUUGCCUCUGCACUGAUCCCGCCAUCAUCGGAACGAUUUUCUACGUCAUGGAGUUUUUGGACGGCAGGAUCUUUACCCAGCAGUCCCUGCCAGGAGUCAGUCCAUCGGAGAGGACAAGCAUGUGGCGGUCAGCCAUGGAAACGCUUGCCAGGAUCCAUGGCGUCGAUUAUAAAGGGUUGGGCCUGGGAAGCCUUGAAAAGCCCGACAAGUUUUAUGUCCGCCAGAUCCGAACGUUCACAUCACUCUCGAUACAGCAAGCACAGGCAACGGACAAAGAGACUGGUGUCCCCGUCGCCAAGGUCCCUCACUUGAACGAAAUGACCGAGGCAUUUCAGGAUGUGCGAUAUCAACCAGAAGAUCGCAAAACCCUCAUUCACGGUGACUAUAUGAUGCAUAAUCUGAUAUUCCACAAAACGGAGCCACGCGUCAUUGGUGUCCUGGACUGGGAAAUGACUACAGUUGGCCAUCCACUGGCGGACUUGGUGAAUGUGACGGCUCCGUUUGUGUCCGCCACUGCAUCGACUCACGUUGGCGCGAACAAGGACUCGGCGGCCUUCAAACCGGGAGCGACACCAGGACUCCCAGCCAGACAGCAAUGCGUGGCAUGGUAUGCUCAGGUGACAGGAUGGGAUCCUUCAGACGACCUGGCAUGGGGAGAUGCCUUCUCAGCCUUCCGGACUGCGGUCGUGAUGCAAGGAAUAGCGGCCAGAUACGCAUUAAGACAAAAUAGCAGUGCGAGGGCAUCCGAGUUUGGCCCCCAGGUAGUACCCAAUUCACGCUGGGCAUGGGAGUUGGUGUUGCGCUUCAAAACUCAGCAUGGGAAGCGCACACCGUCAUCCCGAAAACGUGGCACACCGAUUUCAGGGAAAUUAUAG